AUGCCGACCGCUCUCAUCAGCGCGUUCCUGGUGCAUGCCGCCAGAGUGGCGGUCCUGUCGACGUUGCCCGCCACCUUCUACUACGCCGCAACCUAUGUUGACCGUCCUACUGCUCCGGCGACGGGGCGCCAGGGUGCGAAUCUGCCGCGCGCAUGUGCCCUCACAUGCGGCAUCAAGUGUGGUGAGCCGAUAUGCCAUGGAAUGCACCGAUCCAUCCACACAGCCAGAGGUUGGGCCUUUUCUGUUGGCAGGGUGCACCCCCUGCAACACCACGGCUGUUGAGGAGGCGAUGGAGGAGCAGUUCCCCACGGCCGACAAUGCCGAUGACACUGGAGUGGCCUCCAUUGUCCAUCCGGCAGUGAUGGCGGUGGGGUGGCUGUCCUGUCAAGUGUGGUGGACGAUCGGGCCGUGGUUUUGGUGGUUUAUACUCUACCUGCUGCAUCUUUUCCUCACGUGGCCACUCUCGUUUGGGUGAGCUCUCCCUACCAUCAACCAUCCAAUUAUCCCCUGCACGCGUGUCUGCAGAUGUACUGAUCCUUCUGGGGUCUCGCAAUUCAUCCUAAUGUGUUCGCCUCUGUCGAUGGAGGUGCGGUGCGGCCUGGUCUGGCUCUGGGUGGCCUUCUGCUCCGUCUGCGGCUCCACUCCUGUAGUGGUCAUCGGUGUGGUGUUGUUCCACCCUCGCGGCUACGGAGCGGUGAAGGAUGCCACCCCCAAGUGCCGGACGCGGCGGCGCCAGGUCCGACAGAUGCCCGCUCAGCGAUCUGUAAACUUGAGCUGACGGAGCAGAGAUGAAGGUUCUCGCCGUCUGCGUUCUUAUCGUAGCGGCUGCUAUCAUCGCGUGGGCAGGCCGAUACGAUCUGCGGGAGCGGCGACUCAAGCCCAAGCCAUACGAUGGCUCUAUCCCCCACGCCGACCAUGCGACCGGUCCACAGGAGGAAACUGCAAUGAACAUAGACAGCACCGGCCCCCACCCGCCCCCCCUCGACCCACCUAUCGACGACAAGCCGCCUCAUUAUGGGUCACGGCAUCGCAUGGGCUCUCAUCCCUACCGUCUGGCCUCCCCGCACCGCCAUCUCCUCAGUCAAAGGCCGCACCAGCAGCAGAGGAGCAUGUGGAUGAGGACAUGCCACCCCCCUGCGAUUCGGCGGACGGUGAGGCUGACCAGGAGCUCCCGGCCGUCCCACAUGAGCCACCAGCCGUCCAGCCAGGAGGCUCAGGUGCCCCCCAACUCGGUCAAGUUGCUGCUGCCUCGGCCGCAGAAAGAGACUCAGCCGACUCGCCCACAAAGAAAGCCCACUACCUAGUCGGCAGGGAUUGAAAACGUCGCCGGCUGCCCGACUGGUGGUAUGAUGAGGGUGAAGGCGACAUUGAGGCGGACGGCGACGUCGCUGGGGGAGGCUACGUCCCCCCAGUGCCAGUACCAGCCCCAGCGGACCGAGACAAGGUUCGCUUCCGGCUCACAGUUGAGUACCAUCUCACCGUCGUCGUCCGCACGGGCGGGCAGCCCAUGAUGUCGUCAGUCGAGUUUCAAGCGUUUUGGGUGGUGUUCGUGAAGAACAUUGAGGAAGGGGCGGGUUGGAACAUAGAGGAGCUCUUCCGGCAGCACCUGGAAAGCCAUCCACAUGCAGCGGCCCUGAAGUAAGACCCAUCGUCAGUACCUCACUCAAUAAGAGAGACGCCUCUCCUGUCUGUCAUCAGGCAGAGGCAGGGCGCAUGUGGUCAAUACGAGUGGAUGGUGGAGCUCAGGCUGCCGCACAAGGUGAUCAUGUACUACUUUGGCGAGUUCUGCCGCAAUCGCGACCCUGGCAGCAGGAGGUAUAGGCAAUCGAUUCACAUAGCCCCUCUCGUCGGGUGUGCAUCCACUGCAGGUUUCUAUACUAUCCUGAGGGUGUGGCCGCCCUACAGGAUGCAUGGACGCGCGGUGACCUGUCCAAGCCUGAUUAUAUCUGGAAGGACGCUGCCCGUCUCGUCCUGUUUUUUGGGGCGGUCGACGUAUACAUCGGCUUGCACGCGACCUUCCCAGACCAGCACGGUGACAGGCAGGCAGCGGCCGACAGGGCGUUGAACCUUGAAGGCACCAAGCAUUACGAGGUAUCCUCAAAGAGGCCACUACAGUCCACAUGUGAAUCAGAGGGUGUAUCUCAUUGUCAGGUCUGCCACGGCCAUCGAUACGUGAGGAGCGAUGAGCUCGCGACGGCCGCAGGGGAGAGACUUGAGUGCCACCGCACGCCGUCAGUCACUACUGGUGAGAAGGUCCCUCAGCCGCUGACCUCUCUGUCAUGUGACUCGCGUCUGGUGUGUAGGUGGUUUUAGGAAGAAUAUGUCGGUUGGGGGGGUCCAGAGAAUGCACAAGAAGCUGCCAGGCUGGUUGAAGAGCGUCCAGCGUGACAUCCCCCAUAUCCGCCACCGUGGGCGUGCGUACUCACUCUUCAAGGACAAGGACGUCUUGUCGGCACGAGAACCCGACAGCCGGCAGUCUCUACAAGAGAUGCGCCGCGAAACCGAAGAGAGAAACGCGGGAAGCGAGACUUUCAUUCACGUGCCCAUGUGGUGUGCUGGGAGUAGUUUUAUGGUGGGGCAAGGUGGUGGCGACUGUUGGUCACAAAGCAGUCUAACCCCGCAUUCGUCGAGCGGGUUCGCCUGCUUGGCCCUGGCUUUUUCUUCGAGGAGACCCACCAGGUGGAUCAGACAAGGCUAGUGAACCCACUCACCCAUGCAUUGGUGGCUGUUCGCAUGUUUGUGUGUCAGUCUGUUUCGUUCAAGACCGUGCAGCACAACUUUGCCGCCGCUGGCCGCCACGUGUAUCCGCACCAUACGCGCUCCGCGACGGGACUCCAGCUAAAAAUCGGGGUGUCCAUCCUCCAGCAUGGGGAGGAAGCCCCUGCCGUAUGCAAGGCAUGGCAGGAGGAGAUGGUCGGAUUGGACUGGAUAGCGCCGGACGAGGAGCGGCUGCUGAACAUAGGUGGAGGGCGUGUGCAUAGCGUCGAGGGUGCGAACUACAAACACGUCUCCCACUCAACACAGUACCUGCCAAAAAACCACGAACACACCUGGACGCCAUCAAGUUACGAUGGAAAUGCUUUUGUUCAGACACGGGGAGGAGUUCUUACAGGUCCGCCUGUGCGCGUUGACCAAGGUGCAGGUCACCGACGCACAGAUAAAGAAGGUCAGGGUGCCCUGUGGGAUGCCAGACCAGGCGGGCAAGGCAUACAUCAGAUGUCCGGCCGAGAAUAGGGAGGCAAUGCUAAAGGCCCUGUAUGAUCUGGGUGAGCUAGACGAAGGGAGACACACGAGGCAAGACAACACAUGCUUGGUGUCUCUCUUUGCAGGGAUCAUGUGUGACCCAGAGUGCGACAGUCCAGUGGUUAAGCUCCACGAGCGGUGUCUCGUGUGGCCCGUGAACGAGGACGCGUGUACAGAGUCCAGAGGGUUCGUGCGGGAGUGGGGGAACCCUCCCCUGGUUCACGAAUGA